AAGAAAGAAAAUUUUGCUAAACUACCCAAGAAGUCAAGAUUGCCGUCUAAAAGAUUGCCAAUUUUGACUCAACUUCCUUUUUGGCUAAUAUAAUUGGGUUGCUAGCUGUUUAUACGAGUAACCAUGCAUUACCAAUAAAGUUAAAAUCAUCUCUCUCUGUCUCUCAUGGAAAGCAAGGAAGCAGUGAAGCUACUGGGAUUCUGGGUGAGCCCAUUUUCCUUUAGAGUGGAGUGGGCACUGAGACUGAAGGGGGUGGAGUAUGAAUAUAUCGAGGAAGACAUCUUCAACAAGAGUCCCCUGCUUCUGAAACUGAACCCAGUUCAUAAGAAGGUGCCAGUGCUGAUUCAUGGAGAUAAAGUGAUCCUUGAGUCGUUUAUAAUUCUUGAGUACAUCGACGAGACGUGGAAACAAUUUCCGAUUUUGCCUAAAGAUCCUUAUGACAGAGCCAUGGCGCGAUUUUGGGCCAAAUUUGCAGAGGAGAAGUUCUGGAUGAAUGCAUGGAGGGCUUUGUGGACCGUAGGGGAAGACAAAGAAAUGUAUCUGGAACAAGCCGUGGAGUCCUUGGAGAAGAUAGAGCAAGAGUUGAUCAAAAGGAAAUCCAAGUUUUUUGGUGGGGAAAGCAUUGGUUAUCUGGACAUUGCACUUGGAUGGAUCUCCUACUGGCUUCCUGUUUUGGAGGAAGUUGGGUCCAUGAUGAUCGCAGACCCAAUCCAAUUCCCAGCCACCGCUGGUUGGACGGAGAAUUUCCGCAAUCACCCCAUGGUCAAGGACAAGUUACCGUCGAGAGAUGAGAUGGUUGUUUAUUUUCAGUGGCGAAGAAAGGAAAUCGGAGCCCAAAUGGCCUCUACUAGAAAAGGUUGAUUACCAGAUUUUAAAAUAAUUGAAUAACUAUGUGUAUAUCAGAAUAAAUGAGACUAUAUGUUCUCGGAGGGGAAAAUAAACAUGUACCAUACAAGUUGCUUCGUUUUUUUUUUUUUUUUGACAAGAUUGAGAAGAUUAUACUCCGUAUUAAUAAUAGUCUAGCGGUACUUAUGACUUCA